GUUCAACCUCCACACCAUGCGUGAUUUCUUCUCACCGAAUAAUGUUACUUCUGCAUCGGACAGCAUGCCGCUAUGCGAUCCGAACACCACGUCUUGCGCUAUGUUCCCGCACACUCAGCACUUCCUUUCGACGCUCGAAGGACCCACGUCUAGGUGACAUUGGACGCGUUAUAGAGGACGAAUACGCCGUAGUACGAGAUAAUUAUGAAACUCCCAAAAAUCCCAUUAUCCUCGCGCAUGGCCUCCUCGGCUUCACCGAACUCAAACUGGGUGGAUCUGUGUUACCCGGCAUUCAUUACUGGCGAGGAAUAACGGAAGUCCUCUCUCAGAAGGGCAUUGAGGUCAUUACAGCGGCUGUGCCCGCCUCAGGCUGCAUAGAGGCACGAGCCGAGAAACUUGCAGAGACCAUUGCGGAGAAGGCGCAUGGAAAGAGUGUGAACAUAGUAGCUGGGCUUGACUCUCGCUACAUGAUCAGCCAGCUCAGGCCUCCCAAUGUUCGCGUAUUAUCGUUGACUACCAUUGCAACUCCCCAUAGAGGAUCUGCUUUUGCGGAUUAUAUGUUCAACACGAUUCCGCCACACGCAGUAAAGAGAAUCUACAAGGCGCUUGAAUACGUCGGGUUUGAAACAGGCGCCUUUUCGCAAUUGACUAGGAAAUACAUGGCAGAAAGUUUCAAUCCCAGAACCCCAGACGUGGAUGGAAUUCGCUACUUCUCCUAUGGAGCGACCCUCGAACCACAAUUCUGGUCUAUCUUUGGACCUUCGCACAAGAUCAUAAAGCGUAUUGAAGGCGCGCCUAAUGAUGGGCUCGUAAGUGUCCCUUCCAGCCAGUGGGGUGAAUACAAAGGCACUCUUGUCGGAGUAAGCCAUUUGGAUCUGAUCAACUGGACGAAUCGAAUCAAGUGGUUCUUCUGGGAGCUAACCGGAAGCAAACGAAAUUUCAAUGCGAUCGCAUUCUAUCUUGACAUUGCAGACAUGCUGGCAAAGGAAGGACUGUGAUUCCAAUCGCUCUGCGUAAGAAUGCACGAGCUUCGUCUUUCGCAGGGCUGAAGCUAUCAAUUCAGCUGGAAGAUUCAUAUACGUGCAGGAGCAACGUAAGCCUUGCUGGAUUCGUGCACAUUUGAUACGUCCCAGGAGUCUGGGAGUCUGAGCUUCCAUCCGC